AUGUCAGACGGCGUAAAAGAAUCCUGCGAAGACGUCGAGGUCUCGGGCGACAUUGACGAAACCAACGAAACGGAACUCUCGGCGGAUGAAGUGAUCGAACCGAAAGAUCCUCUGGUUGAGGAAGGACAGAGCUUCCACGAGUACGUCAAGGAGAAAAAAAUAAACUUGACCGAAACACUGGAUUCGGUAUCGUCUGAGCAUGGAGAGCUCAAGGAAGAAUAUGAUAACUUCAAAAAGGAGAGUGAGGAGAAGAUAGAUGGGCUGGAGGUCAAACUGAAGGGUUUGCGCGAGGAAUUAAGCAAGGCCCAAUCAAGGGCUGAUAAGGUAGAGAAUGAAGUCAGUUCCAAUGAAAGCACUAUCCUUGAACUCCGUGAAAAGAUUGCUAAGGCCGAAAAGAAGAGAGAAAAGAAAGAGAAGAAGAAGAAGAAAAAGAAAGAUGGUGAUUCUGUCGAUGACUGCUCUGAUUAA